AUGAUCCCCGCCGAGCCGCCGCCGCAGCCGCUGCCGCCGCCGCCGCCGGCCCCGCCGAACCAUGUGGUGAGCACCAUCGAGAACCUGCCGGCCGAGGGCGGCGGCGGCGGCGGCAGCCUGUCCGCCUCCUCCCGGGCCGGCGUCCGCCAGAGGAUCCGCAAAGUGCUGAACAGGGAGAUGUUAAUCUCUGUGGCUCUGGGCCAGGUGUUAUCUCUUCUUAUUUGUGGAAUUGGCUUGACCAGCAAGUACCUGUCAGAAGAUUUCCAUGCCAAUACACCAGUCUUUCAGAGUUUCCUCAAUUACAUCCUUCUCUUCUUGGUCUAUACCACCACACUAGCUGUCAGACAAGGAGAAGAAAACCUCCUGGCAAUUUUACGACGAAGAUGGUGGAAGUAUAUGAUCCUGGGACUCAUUGACCUGGAAGCAAAUUACCUGGUGGUCAAGGCCUACCAGUAUACGACUCUGACCAGUAUCCAGCUCUUGGACUGCUUUGUGAUCCCGGUGGUGAUUUUGCUGUCCUGGUUCUUCCUGCUGAUCCGGUACAAGGCUGUGCAUUUCCUCGGCAUCGUGGUCUGCAUCCUGGGCAUGGGCUGCAUGGCAGGAGCGGAUGUGCUUGUGGGAAGGCAUCAGGGAGCAGGGGAAAAUAAGCUGGUAGGGGACCUUCUGGUCUUAGGAGGAGCCACAUUAUACGGUAUCUCUAACGUCUGGGAAGAAUACAUCAUCCGAACCCUGAGUCGAGUGGAAUUUCUGGGAAUGAUUGGACUCUUCGGGGCUUUCUUCAGUGGAAUUCAAUUAGCGAUCAUGGAGCACAAGGAGCUGCUAAAGGUGCCCUGGGACUGGCAGAUCGGACUGCUCUACGUUGGCUUUAGUGCCUGCAUGUUCGGUCUCUACAGCUUCAUGCCAGUCGUCAUAAAGAAAACCAGCGCCACUUCGGUCAACCUCUCCUUGCUCACAGCAGAUUUGUACAGCCUGUUCUGCGGAUUGUUUCUCUUCCACUACAAGUUUUCAGGCCUUUAUCUCCUGUCUUUCUUCACCAUCCUCAUCGGGCUGGUGCUCUACUCGUCCACCUCCACGUACGUAGCCCAGGACCCCCGUGUGUACAAGCAGUUCCGCAAUCCUUCGGGACCCGUUGUGGACUUACCGGCCACGGCUCAAGUGGAGCCCUCGGUCACCUACACCAGCCUGGGUCAGGAGACCGAAGAGGAGCCCCACGUGCGCGUGGCCUAGGGGGCGGCCCUCCCAGCCCAUUGAAGUCCACGCUGUGGCCACGUGCUUGCCCUCCAUCUCUGUAUUGUACAUAGAGAAAGGUAUUUAUUAGGUGCGGUUUGCACAGGUGGACUGCAAGGUAGCAAAUCUGAAAGCCUGUAAGGGGCAUGCGCUCACCAUCGCCGGAGACGCAGGCCCCGAGCCACCUGACUUAGAGAGACGCCUAGCUAGUAUGUAUCCUGAUCACAGCCCUCCUGCAUUAAUUACUGUGAAGACUUUUGAAUUAAAAGCAAGUGUUAUUAUUAUUUGUAUUAUUAUUGUUACUCUUAUUACACUAACGUUCAGGAGGCUGUUUUGUACUCCUGAUGAGAACUAUUUGCCAGACCCACAUGUAGUUAACACAAAUCCCACUUUUCUAUGGCAAGUCACUUUUUAAGAAUCAUACUUUAUUUUUUUGCACAGUCUGUAUGAGUGCUGCACGCCACAGGAGCUCCACCCCUGAGACGUUUCCUUAUCCUAGGGACCUGGUGGCUAAUGGUUUCCUCUGUUACCUGUUGGAUUGCCUGCUCAAUAAUAUUUUGUGCUGUGACCCUUGUGGGGAGGGGCAACUGACCAUAUAAUUCUCUAUUCUAGGAAUAGAUAUAAAACAAACACUUGAGCCUUUUUAUAUUUCAAUCUCUGAUUACUCCAGGCCAUUGCCUUUCUGUUGUGCCACGUGAUUCUGCUGAUGAAGUCCCUGUAAUAACAGGAUAAGGAAUGUUUCCUUUCUGUGGCUUAUAGGAAACCCCAGAAAUAAUAUCAUGUAUGUUUAGGGUAAUAUAUAUAUAUAUAUAUAUAUAUAUACACAUAUAUAUAUAUAUUAAAUCUUUCUGCCCCUCCCUAUAUCUUCUCUUCCAAAAAUUUAUUUGAUCUUACCUUUAAUUCCUAGAUUUCUUUAGUGACACUAUGGAAAUUACUCAAGUCAUUGGAAAAAGCCAUGGUCCUCUGCCCUCUUAAAUUGUGUGACACCCUUUUUAAAAUACACCAGCAUGGAAAUUACCUUUAUUGUGGAGUAUCAUUGGUUGUGUAGCCUCCCAACAAAGUCAAGGUGCUGAUGUGGAGCAAUCUCUGACAAUAGCUUGAUGGAUCUGACCACCUCGUAGUGAUAAAGAUGUCGUGAAUGAAAAAGUUUGGCAUUUUGGUCAUAUUGGGCCUCCCUUCAAUGGCAGAAUAUAGCCACACCAUAUCCUUAGGGACACAGAGAACAGUGCAGGGUCCUGCUAAGGCGUUGAGGGAUAUGUCACUAGUCUAAUUUUGUUGCCCUUAAUGUAACUUUUUUCAAACACAUACAAAAAAAAAAAAUCCAGCAACACCACAGACCUCGACAAUCUGGAAUAGAUUCUGUCAGUAUGUGAAAUAAGUCUUUAAGGUUGGCUGGCUUCAAUGCCUUUCAGAAAUAUCCGCCAUGGGGUCCAGGGUUUGUAAAGGAAGAAUAAAUGCUUAUGAAACUGUGGGCAGUUCAGAUCAACACAUCUUAAGCAAACAAAGCAAAACACCAGAGGGGUCCGUGUGAAGUAGGACAGGUUGCAGCCCCAUGGGGAUUCCCAUAGAGCCUGCACAGGCCUAAAUCCCAGGCAGGGGAGGGAGCAUGGCGUGCUGGUAGUCAGCACCAGAUGGCCUCUCCACUCGCCUUCUACCCAGGGGGUGUGGUCCUGCCCCUGGAGAGGGGGAUGAAAAACUAUCUCCUCGGAUAUAAAGAUUUGAUGGUCAUCACUGUUUAGCCCCCUCAGAAAUGUGUUUUCUUUUCGGAGGAAAAAAAGAAAACAAGAACUAUGUUAAAGCUAUAUCAAGUCAAAACAACCUGCCAGUGUCUGCUCUCUGCUGCCUUUAAACCAAUUAAAUACCUUUCUCUAUUUUGUCCAUUCAGAUCUGAAGACCUUUAAAGACUGUGGUUUUAUUUUUGUGUUUACAUUCCUUUGGUUGGCAUAAUUUGCUUGAUUUAUUGCAUCCUUAGUAUUUAUUUUAAAGCCAAAUGUUUUAGACUUUUUUAUUCAUUUUUAUGACACUAAUUUGUAGACGCUUAGUAAAGUCUUACGAGAAAUAAGUGGAUGAAGCUAUUCCAAGUCAACUCAGUGGACUGGGAAUGUUUUUUUAAAAAUCUUAAUUUCAGAAAAGGUUUGCAAUCAUCGGAUGGCCAAGAGCAGCCAUCUGGCUUAUUUUCUAGGCUAUUUUAAUUGACUCCAUUGUAUGGAAUCCCAGUGUGAAUGUUAAGGUGAACUCACCCUACACCCUCUAUCAUCCAGAGUCCUUGUGCACAAGACUUUCAUGUCACUGGGGUACUUCACUGUGUUCAUCCGUCUCCAGGUAGAAAGGCUGGUAACAUAGUGACCUGUCCGAGAUCAGGUGUUCCAGAUUGAACAGGGUGGGGGUUGGGGGGUGGGAAAUAGCACAGAACAGACUCUUCUGUGUUAAAACACUGGUCCUGCGGGAGUGGGGUGGGAAGUAGGAUGUAUGACAACAUUAUCUCUAGCUCUUUUCGUUUUGGAAAUCUCACAACCUCAGUAGACACCAGCCAACAGCUCCUCCUUUCACCCCUCCACACCUCCCACACCCCCUACCAGCGCGACUUCAGCAACUUGUACACAAUUGGAUCCUGUGAGCAAACCAUAGACCACUGGCGGUAAAUGCAGGUUCUCACUUCCUCCCUGAAAACCUGCCCCCCGGAGGGGGGGGGGCACGAGGCGGGGAGAAGACAGUGCUCGCCUGGGUCACACCUUCCCACUGCUCCAGACUCUGUAAUACACAACCAGGUAGACCAAGCAAUGGAAGAAUUUGCACCACUGUGUCCCCCGAAAACCUUUCAAUGUUUAGUUUAGAUAUUGCUAACUUGUGCUAUUAACCUUUUGACAGGCGUGUAGUAUUGUUUGUUUUGGGUUUGGUUUUGAGUUAUAACCACUUAGGAGUCCCCAGCUAGCUACCAGGACAGAUUUUACCCCAUGGGUAGGAUUCUAUUGUCAAGCCACACCACAAAGCACACUAAUCCAGACACCACAAAUAGAAAAUACGAACCCCCCCUCAACAAAAAAAAUAAAAGAUUUACACCAAUAAGUCGAACAAACUUUCCAUUUUUGAUAUUUGCAUGCUCCCCUAUGGACUGGCUGUGGCAAUGUAAUGCCUGUAUAAUGUUUUCAAAUAAAAAUAAAUGCUUU